AUGGAGGCGGUGGGCAAGCUGGGCAGAGGGCGGACGCCGGACCGUCAUCUCGACGUGCACGAUGCCUCAGACCAUGGUGAUUACACUGAAGCGGCCCCAGAGGGCGCGCUCAAGCACGGCGCGGGGGAAUCGGGCCACCUGGUGGACGCACCGGCCGUGGCCCCGCUGGCGAUGAAGUCGGAACACUAUUCGGACGACUUCGAGGACGGCGACGCGUACGCCGAGGACUUCGAGGACCACGACAGCCUCGCGCCGUCAGCGGAGGACCGGGCCGCGUCCGGCGCGCCCGGCACCCCUGCCGCAGACCACGCCGUGCUGCGGGAGGCCGUUGAGGAUGCCAGCGCGAGCGAGGACGCGUACUCGGAGGACUUCGAGAGCCUCGCGGCCAGCAGGCGCGGGACCGCCCGCACGCAGGUCGAAGCGGCGCCCACCGACGCUGUUGCGGCGAGCCCCGCUCCCGCCAGCGAGGGCUCGGGCGAGGACGAGGGCGAGGACGCGUAUUCCGACGACUUCGAGAGCUUCGUGGCCACGCGGCGCAUGACCGCGAACCUCGCGGAGCCCUCCGGCGGCGAUGCGGAGGGCGCGCACGACGCCGCAGCGCCCGGCGACUUGCAGGGUGCGCACCCGGCCGCCCCGGCGAGCCCGGAGCCUGCCGCUGCGCCCGCGGAGGACCCUGAGGACGAGGCGCCCGCUGCGAAGGCGGCCGCGCCCGAGCCCGUGCUGGCGGCGCCGCUCGAGACCCCCCCCCCUGACAGCGAGACGCCGACGCCGAUCCGGGAGCGCCGCGACGCGUCGGGGGGGCGCGCGUCGCUCCCGCUGACGCCAGAGGGCUCGUCCGGGUCGAUGCCGGAGUGGUUCAAGAUGACGAUGGAAGGCGGGGCCGCCGACCCCACGCCUGACGUCAUCGAAGUGGCCGACUCCCCCCCCGCGGUGGGCGAGAUCCCCCCGAUCGCCGAGGAGCCCGACGCCGAGGCGGGCCCACUCGAGAGCUCCGCGGGCAGCGCCGCGCCGCGCACGUCCGGCGCGCCGGUCGGCGCGAUGUGCGCCGUCGACCUGGACGGCACCGGCGCGUCGCUGGCGCUGCCGUGGGAGCAGCCGGGGACCCCGGGCGACGCGGGGGCGAUGGAGCCGCGCACGCUCGCGUUCGCGGAGGGCGGCGACGAGUGGGACCCCGUUGCGACGGGUGGCGUGGCCGCAAGCGCGGGAGAGGAGGGGGGGUCGCGUGGGACGCCCCCGGGGUCGCCUGGGAACUGGGUGGACAUCGCGCUGGGGGCGGCGGGGCCUGCUGGUGUCGAGGCGGUGCCGUCGCCGGUUCCGGCGGCGCAGGCGUCGCGCGAGGGCAGUGCUGGCGCGGACAGCGACGUGCUGCGCAGCGGCGAGGUGCCGUGGGAGGCGUCGGGGCGCUCCGCCGGGUGGGCGUCGCUUGGCAACGCGAGCACGGCGAUCGACGCCGCGGUGGACAGUAUGGUCGACGCGGCGGCGUACGCUCCGUCGAACUUCGAACCUGCACACCCGGAGGACGAUGACGAGGAGGGCGUCAUGCGGGACGACAGCCGAGCGCUGGACAGCGCGGCCUCGCAGGCGGGUAGCAAGCGCAGCUCGGAGCACAGCGCCGCGGCGGACUCCCCCGAGCGGCUGCCCUGGGAGCCGUCGGACGCGUCGCCGCCCCCGCGUGCGUCGUCUGCCGGCAGCGGCGCCUCCCCUGCCGCGUCGCCCGCCAGCGGCGAGCCGUCGGAGGUGCGGACGCCCGCGCCCGCCGUGGAAGCAGCGGGCCCGGCGGACGUCGCGGAGUCCCCGGCGUACGUGGUGCCGACCGCGGCGCCCACGCCUGCACCGGCGCCCGUCGCCGCCGUCGCGUCCCCCGCGCCGCGCACGCCCGAGGAGGCAGUGGCUACGGCUGCGCCGAUGGAGGAGCGGGCGCCGGCGGCGACGCCCGCGCCGGUGACGCCACAGGAGGAGGUGGUGGCACAAACACGCUCCGCCGUCGCGUCGCCGUCGCCGCCGCACAGCCCCGUCGCGGACGCGGAGCUCCCCGCGGAGACGUCCGGCGCCGCUGCCGACACAGACGCGAGCGAGGCGGGCUCGCCGGACGCGGGGGCGUCGCGGCACGCGCCGACGGACGAAGGCGGCAACAGCACGCGCCCGCAGAGCCGCCUCGCGAGCCACGUGCUCGACUCCGGCCCCUCCACGCGCGACAACUCCCGCCCCGUGUCCGCGAUGGGGCACUCCCGCGACGCCAAGCCGCCUGCGGCGCGCGCCGACGCCCCGCCGCAGCCGCGGGCACCCAAGCCCACGGGGGCGCGCGCGCCGCCGUUGCCUGCGCGCGGGCCCGCGCGGCCGCGCGCCGCCGCCAAACCGGAGCCUCGCAACCGCCUCCCGCUGCACGUCGCGUCGCGCGGCGCGCCGGGGCUGUACGAGCGCCAGGGCCACGAGACGCGCCUGGGGCAUGCGUCGGACGCCCCGCCGCCGAUCGCGGGCAUGCCGGCGCGGCGGCAGCUCGAGCAGGAACAGUCGGAGAUUACGCGCGCCAUGUGCCGCGAGAUCGACGCGAUCGCGCGGGGCGCGCCCCCGCCGCGGCGGCGCGCGGGGGGCCCGCAGGUGAUCAACGCGGUGGUGCGGAGGGCCGCGGAGGAGGCGGCGGUGAGGCUGAAGGCCGCUGCGCCGCCCAAGGUCGCGUCGCUGAAGCCGUACCGCGCGUCCGCGCAGCGGUUCGAGGAGGUGCGCAAGCAGCGGCGGGAGGCAGCACCCGCAGCGCGCAGCUACGACAGGCCGAUGAGGCGGCCGGCGGCGGCGCAGCACGGGCACGCGCCCGCGGCGCGCAGCCCGCCGCGGCGUGCGAAUGUCACGCCGGCGCCGCGCGUGCUGGUCCCGGGGACGCCCGCGGCGACGUUGCGCGGGGCGGGGGUGUCUCCCGGGACCCCCACGGAGGAGUACGGCAGCGGCGGGCCGGGGGGGCGGUCGCCUGGGCGGACGCCGCCGAGCGUGUCGUCCAAGGUCGUGCCGCGGCCGUGGUGGGCCGAGGGCGGGCCGGGCGAGCCGCUCGUGUCUCCACAACAAGUGAUGCGGGCGUCGAUCGAGCGGGGGACGCUGGGGUCGACGAAACCGGGACGCAGCGAGGCGCGGGAGGCAAUGAGGAAGUUGUACCAGGAGCGGUUCCAGGGGGCGUUCGAGGAGGCCGUGAGGCGCCCGCUGCGGUUCGACAGCGGCUCGGCCAGGCGCCCCGGGAGCGCGGCGGCGCGCGCGACCAAGAACAUCAUCAAGGUCAAUCUGAUCCUCGGGGGCGUGGAGCGCGGCGCGGCGCCGGGGACGCACUGCGUGCUCUGCGGGCGUCCGUGCACGGGCAAGGCGUGCGACUCGCAGUGCUCCUUGACGCAGUUCGUACACCGGGAGCAUGCCGCGCCCCGCUGCGAUUGA